AUUGCAAUGCAUCUUUUCAGCUGACCGUUCUCCCUUCAAUUGCGGUCGCGAACCUCCUUGAUAUAUCACGAUCCCCUCAGCAAAACGCUGCAUUCACACAAAGCGAGCAUUCGUCCGGGGAUCAUACGAUACAUUAUUCGAGCCUAUUUAGGCAGCGAGAGUCACAACAUUACUCCGUCAAGAUCCGCGAAAUUCAAUUCCUAUCCGUCGCACAGUCUACAACAUCCAAAAUGACGUCCCUCUUCCCGCACGCAGCCUACGAGGAAGACCAACCCCAUGCCCACUCAAUCCUCUACCUGCACACCAUCCGCUCCGGCGCCAUGAUGGGCUCCUUCCUCUCGCUCAUCACCGCGCCGGUUUCCCUCCUCGUCUCCCGCUACCGCCACGGCACCGCCUUCACCCUCAAGACCUUCCUACCUCGUCUGCUCACGCACUCUGGCCGCGGCCUUGUCAUCGGGGCUCUAUUCGGCGCGCUCGCAACUGCUGGGCGCAUGUGGGGAAGGGAGGAGAUAGAGUGGCAGGAUAGGGCUUGGAGGUUGCAGGAGAAUAAGCCCCAGGCUGGAACGGACUUUUGGUCCUUGGAUAACGCGGCGCUAGGUGCAGUGGCUGCUGUGCUGGUCGUGAGGAGGGGGAUUAUUCCUGGGGGCAUGGGGCUGGGAAGCGUUGCCCUUGGCGGCGCGGGAUUGGGCAUGGCCACGGGCUUGGGCUAUAUGAUAUAUGCGUCUCCCAAGCAAUCCAUUGAGAAAGUGGGCUAAGGAAGAUCCUACAGGUUGCUGUGGGCUUGGAUUUGGUAAGGCCGUGAACUCUAAUCCCUUUUGCUGCAAGUCCUGUACGCUGACGU